UGGUAUUAUUUGCGGCUAUGUCGGUUGCAGUUCGCGGACUUCCUGAGCACGAGAUUUACGCUUCAGCUUACGCUAAACCUGAGCACGAGCCAUACGCUUCAACUUACGCUAAACCCGAGCACCUAGCGUACGCUUCAACGUACUCCAAGCCUGUGGAUUACUACGCUUAUCCCAGAUAUCAUUUCAAUUACGGCGUGAAGGAUUAUCACACAGGUGACCUCAAGAGCCAGUGGGAACAAAGAGAUGGCGAUAAGGUGAAAGGGUCCUACAGCGUCCUUGAACCGGACGGUUCGGUUCGCACGGUCGAUUAUACAGCCGAUGAUCUUAACGGCUUCAAUGCGGUUGUCAAGAGAACUGGCCCAUCACGACAUCCUGUGUCGAAACAGGUUUUUUCCAGUCAACACGUGGUAGAACCCUUCCAUUCAGUACCAGGCCAACUUUCACCGACAAUUUCAAUUCCUAAAGACGUGUUACCAACAAAAUCACCAAGUUACAUUCCCCAGGUUUCAGAUUACUCCGCAGCACUUCAAAUUCUCCGUACAGGAAAACAACACUAUUCUCCAGAUACUGGCGCACUAAGUGUAUAUAACAUACCUGGUGGGCUAAACUUAUACGAUUCGCCAACAUACAGUGCCCAGACUUUACAGGCAGAUGACUCAGAACCGGCUGCCAAUCCUGGUCCAGUUCUGUUCCCUCAGACACCGGAAGAGCCACAGAAUGAAAGUUCGGAUCAAAAACAGAAGACGCUCUCAUUCGGCAGCGUUCAGAGUCACGAAGGGACACAAAAUCUCGCGAAGAUAUAUCGUGAUUUUCUCAGAACGCGGCCUGGGAGAAAUGGCCGUGUUUAAGAAGUGGAGGGCAGUGGGUUGUCCACUUGGUAUUAUUAUUUGUACAGCGCGGCUUGACUUCAAGUAAUUGAUACAAUCAAACACGAAGCGUAUUAUGUGAUAUAUUAAUACAAAGGAAAUUAAUGAUUAUAAUACUUGAUGCGCUGAUCAUAAAACCUUAACACUGAAACAGGACAGGGUCUAUUCGGCAGCGCAACAGCACACAGAUACAAAAUGAGCUCUCAUAAAAGUGUUCUUCUCUUCUUGUCUGAGGAAAUUACAAACAAACUAGGCUCGUUAGUAAGUAUUAUGUUGUAUGUCAUUUGUUUGUGUCACCAUUUGAGUUUAAAUUUGCAUCCUAAAGCAUUGUUGAAGCAAUAUUUAUGAUCCACACACUUGGAAAUAUUCUAUUCGGUGGUUAUUUCUAGAAAAUAUCAUCUACAGCUAGAAAUAUGUCUACCUGUUACCUCAGAAACACGUGAUCGCAGAAUGAAGCAGUGUUGCCACAAGAAUUGAAGUAUGUAACAUAGAAAAUUCACUCGGACAUAAGGAGUCUCACAGAAAACUAACGAGACUGACUAAGGGGGUUACUUUAUGGUCGAUGACGAAUAUUACCUCCCAUAUGUACAUAUCUAAACUCUACGCAAAAGUAAACUUGUCUUGACAAGUCUAGUGAGUUCAGGGCUGUUGUACUCUAGUGUCCAGAGAGCUCAUCACGAUAAAUAUGGUAAAUAUUUUUAACAGGAUC